CUGAAGAGGCCCGGAGCUGCAUGGAGUUCUCCCGUCCCUCAGCUCCAGGUGGAGCAAAUGAUGCAGGAGAAGAGGCAGUGGUGAUCCUGACAGGGAAGCCCUCAGCCGGGGCAGCUGAGCCAGUGGGCUCAGGUGUGGUGGAUGGAGUUAAGAGUGGGCCCAUAUGUCCUUUGGCAACAAGAAAUGAUCAGGAUAUUUAUUCCAUCGACAGCUCUCCAUCCUCAGACAGCGAGGAUGAGGGUUUGGGUAGGAAGAAGAAAAAGAAGAAGCUAAAGAAGAAAAAGAAGAGGGAUUCAAGCUCAUCUUCAUCCUCAUCUUCAUCUUCAUCUUCAUCAUCCUCCUCCUCUUCCUCCUCAAGCAGUUCUUCUGACAGUGAGGAUGAGAAGAAGAAGAAGAAAAAGAAGAAGAAGAAGAAAAAGGAGAAGAAGGAGGAGGGGAAGAAGGAAUACAUCUGGGACUGCACUGUGAUAUGUGAUGCUGGUCCUGAUGGCAAUAUGGGACCACUGUCUUCAGAGGGGCUGAAGGACAAGGAUUCCAGCUCUUCGGACAGCGAGGAUGACAAGAAGAAAAAGACGAAGAAGAAAAAGAAGAAGAAGAAGAAGAAGGAUUCUAGUUCCUCCUCUUCCUCAUCUUCAGACAGCUCGUCGUCCUCAGACAGUGAAGAUGAAAAGAAGAAAAAGAAGAAAAAGAAGAAGAAGACUAAAAAGAAAAGGAAGGACUCCAGCUCCUCCUCCUCCGAUAGCUCUUCAUCUUCAUCAUCUUCCUCUGACAGUGACGAUGUCAAGAAGAAGAAAAAGAAGAAGAAGCAGAAGAAGAAGCAGAAGAAGAAGGAUUCCAGCUCAUCAUCCUCAGACAGUGAAAAAGACCAGAAGAAGAAGAAAAAGAAAAAGGAAAAGAAAAAGAAGAAGGAUAAGGAUGAUAAAAAGGGAAAGGAGGAGGGUGGUGAGGAGCAAGAUGAGCCCACUGCUCUUUCAACUGUUGGGGACCAGGGUGCAGGGCUGAGUCCUGACGGAAAAAUCAAAACAAAAGUUGAAAAGAAGAAAGACAAGAAAAAGUCCAAGAGCGCCUCCUCAGACAGUUCAUCAAGUGACGAUAAGCAGAAGAAAGAGGUCAAAGCAAGUGAAGAUGGCAAACUGGCCUCUCAAUUCUCCACUGAGGCAUGCGGCUAUGGGCCGGAGGACGGACAUCUGAGUGAUGAUGAGGGAGAAGGAGGGAAGGAGAAAGAGAAGGAGAAGAAGAAGAAGCUGAAGAAAAAGAAAAAGGAUUCUGCCUCAUCUUCCUCAGACAGUGAUGAUGACAAAAAAGACAAGAAAAAGAAAAAAAAGAAAAAGGACUCCUCUUGCUCCUCCUCUUCCACUGACAGCUCCUCUUCAGACAGUGAAGAUGAGAAAAAGAAGAAGAAGAAGAAGAAGAAGAAGAAGAAGAUGAAGAAAAAGAACGACAAGGACCCCAGCUCCUCUUCCUCUUGCUCAUCUUCUGAUAGUGAAGAUGAAAAAAAGAAGAAGAAAAAGAAAGGGAAGAAGGAUAAGGAUUCCAGCUCCUCUUCCUCAUCUUCUGAUAGUGAAGAUGAAAAAAAGAAGAAGAAAAAGAAAGGGAAGAAGAAGAAGAAAAAGAAGGAUAAGGAUUCCAGCUCUUCUUCCUCUUCCUCAUCUUCUGAUAGCGAAGAUGAAAGAAAGAAGAGGAAAAAGAAAGGAAAGAAUAAGAAGAAAAAGAAGGAUAAGGAUUCCAGCUCCUCUUCCUCUUCUUCUUCUGAUAGUGAAGAUGAGAAAAAAAAAAAGAAGAAAAAGAGGUCCAGCUCCUCCUCUUCCUCCUCCUCAUCCGAUAGUGAUGAUGACAAGAAAAAGAAGAAAGACAAGAAGAAGAAGAAGAAGAAGAAGAAGAAGAAGAAGAAGGAUAAAAAGAAGAAGAAAACUAGGGAUGGCUCCUCAGGCUCGGACAGCGAUGAUGACAAAAAGAAGAAGAAGAAGAAGAAGAAGAAGAAGAAGAAAAAGAAGAAGAAGGAGGAGUCAUCUGACAGUGAUGAUGAUAAGAAGAAGAAGAAGACGAAAGAGAAGAAGAAGAAGAAGAAGAAGAAGAAGAAGAAGAAGAAGAAGAAGAAGGACGACUCCACCUCUGAUUCAGAUUCUUCUUGUGCUGAAAGCAAGAAGAAGAAAAAGAAAAAAGACAAGAAGAAGAAGAAAAAGAAAGACAAGAAAAAGGACUCGGAUUCUUCUAGCAGUGACGAUGGAAAGAAAAAGAAGAAGAAGGCAAAGAAGAAGAAGAAGAAGAAGAAGAAGAAGAAAAAUAAGAAGAUGAAGAAGAAGGAUUCCAGCUCGAGUUCAUCUGAUGGCUCCUGUGACAGCGGCAAGGAAAAUAAGAAAAGGAAAGAGAGUUUAAAAUCAGCAGGCUGUGACUCCGCAGAUCAGAAGAAGGACUGCCCUGACCAUGAGAAAAUCAGGGAGCCAAAGAUGGAGGGCCCUCUCCCAGGGAUCGGUGCGAGUUCUGCUGCUGAAGCCAGUCACCCAAAACCCAGAACCGGCCCUGCUGUCGGCUUUUCAUCCCUCCCAUCCAAGCCCAUGCUGAAGCUGGAGCCUUUGAGUCCCACCGCGGACACCAAGCCCUCUCGCUAUGAAUCUCUAAUGGGGUCCUCCGGCUCCUCACUGAAUCCUAGUGAAAGGAGCCCCAUCCGUAGGCCCCUCAGCCCCAUGGAGUCCUUGAUGGGUAACCCAAGGAGGACUGGAGAAGGUGGGAGCCGUACCACAACCCACCUCACCUCCAGCGACAUCCUAAAGGGUCCCAGACCUUAUCACCACUGAGAUGUCAAAGCCUGCAUAUUGGCAUGUAUUGGUAUUAGUAGGUAUUAGGAAAAGAAAAUUAUUUACAUGAUCUAGCAGGUGGAAAAGGCAUUAAAAGGGCUUUCAUGUACAAAGAAAAAACCCUCCCAUAAUUGUUCAGAUUUCAUUUGGUGCUCAAUAAUCAUGCAAAGUGAACGAAGUUAUUACAACAUCCUCUGAUGGAAAAGGGAUGUCAUUAAUUGGUAAAAAUAUUACAUAAAGGUGCAUUUUGGCAUGGGGUAUAAUAAUACUGAAGGGCAUAGAUAUUGGCAUUGCCUCGACAGGGGAAUACGUUCGUCUAUGAUUUAAACGUGCAUGAAUUCUCAGUCACAUUUCAAGGAAUUCAGAUGUUUGCUUCAGGAAAAUAAAA